AUGUUCAGCCAUGUCGUUCGGCUCCUCUCCAAGGAUGCCCUGGAGCUGACUCCAGCCCAAAAGGCCAUGUACGAUCACGAAACUCUCGGCAAUUUCCGGGUCAUAAACAAGAUUGUGGCCACUCGCUCUCGCUACGUCUUGACGUCCAAGGAUGCGGCACCGUCAGAACUACAGGAGGAACUGGCUGAGUUUGGACAGUUCGCCGAAUUGGCAUACAAUAUCAUGCCGGUGGAGAUGGUUUACAGCAACUUGGAACUCCUGACAGAACCUCGAUUCCCGCUUGAAGACUCGCGGGUGAUCCUGGACUCUGAGCUACUCAAGUCCUUCUGCGGCAGUGUCGCAAACCUGCAUGCAUUCACGGCAUAUCGGCCAGCCAAAAGGCAGCUGGUCGUCGCCAUUUCUGGGACCCGUACACUGAAGCAUGUAGCAUACGAUUUUCGUAACCAAAUGACCCGAUAUCCGGUGGGUCAUAAGUGUAUGGUGCACAAGGGGUUCUGGAGGUUAUAUCAGGGACUGAAGGGACCUGCCAUGGACGCUAUUCAAGCUGGUCUAGGUGACAAAGUCGGACAAGUCAAAGAAAUUGCUAUUACUGGACACAGUAUGGGCGGAGCAGUGGGCUCCCUCCUUGCGUUGGAUCUGAUGCUAGAGAGGAAGCUGCUCUUCUCGGGCUUGCGAAUUAAACUGGCCUUCUUUGGGGCCCCGAGGGUCGGAAAUAAGCAUCUCGCGCGUCUUUGGCAGGACACUAUCCACGAGUACCGUAAGGAAAACGGAGAGGAGUCGUUCCAGGAAUAUUCGGUGAAGAUUUACAAGGAUGGGGCCACAUCACUUCCUCCCCAUAGCUGGGGCUACAGACACCUGACCAAACGACCCUUGUACUUUUACGGAAGCAGACUGUAUCGGGUGCCAUCCAGCGAGUGCGAGCACGGCGUUUUCAGCAUAUCCCUCGGCGAAGAGGAGGCCAAUCGGAGAUGGCGGUAUCCAAGAGGCGGACAUGGAUAUUACAACGACCGAGAUAUGGAGACGCUCGCUAACCGCCUAUCUUGGGUCGCUGAACACAUUGGAGAGCCGGACUGGAGGGAAAGGUAUCUUGCUCAGGUUCAAGCUCAAGAAGAGGAGUGGGAAGGCAAAGCAGUCAACAAGAAACGGUGGACACGAUUGACACAGCGUCCUCGUCGUACAUGACCCCCAGCACGUCUACAUAUACCCCAGCGAUGUGCUCUGGCGCCUUGCACCUCUCGAUACCACCCAUAUACGCG